AUGUUCGCCACCGGACGAAAGCCCAGCAGUCAGGACUUGGGCCUCGAAGACGUGGGCGUCAAGACGGAUCCGAAGAGCGGCAAGAUUAUCGUGGAUGAAUUCAGCCGCACCAAUGUCGAGAGCAUCUUCGCCAUUGGUGACGUCACGGACCGAAUCCAGCUGACCCCCGUGGCGUUGAUGGAGGGGAUGGCCAUGGCCAAGACGAUGUUCUCCGAGGAACCAGGCAAGCCAGACUACGACAAUGUUCCAAGUGCCAUCUUCAGCCAACCUCCCUGCGGGACCUGCGGCCUCACCGAGGAAGCAGCGGCCGAGAAGUAUGGUAGCGUGGACGUGUACGUCACCAAGUGCGGGCCACAGCACGCAAGGUGA